UACAGUAAUGCUGAGUGUGUGGGAUGAAAGUCAAAUAGGCAGCCUGUAUCCCGGCUGUUGAACGCACGCACGCUAUUGCAGCAGUUAUGCGUCUGCUCACGGCUUUGGAGGUCUUUCCAAGCGCGCCGCCCAAGGCUGAGAGAACGGGGGAAUAAGACAGUUCAAUGACAACGUCUAAAUAGCAUGCGACCAUUCAGCACCAUUCUCGACGAACAAAAAACAUUUAGGAUGUCGUCUAUGAGAAUCAGUCAUCGUGUUCAUCAGUGGUCAACAAAACGAGUCGAGCAUCAGUACAGGAAGGAAAGGGGAAUUUAAGCAAGGUUAAAGCAAAACGGUACAUACAAAUUUAACAUAGUUAAAUAAAUUUCUGCUGGAGAAUUUGCUGAGUGGAAAUACAAAAGAAAAUUGGGCAAAAAUCUGGGCCUGAACCUUCAAAAAGUGAGCAACCGAGGUGAAUGGCUGUGGCAUAAUCCUUAAUGUGCAGCAGUGAUGACCCAUGGCAUUGGACUAACGGGGUGGCAUUAUAGCUCACAGAAACCUCAUUUGCAAGGAGGAUGAGAUCAAAUCUACUGAGAAGCAUCACAGAAGAAACGGGGUGUGGUCGUUGAGGGAAAGUAGUAGUUCUGCUUGUAUUAUCUCUCUUUUCUCUGUUUUGGACCACGGAGAGCAUGGGCUGCACUUUGGGCCGGACGCGGGACUGAUGUCGUCUCUUCGCUGUGCUGAGCCCAUAGAGGCAACAGCAAUGCUCCAGGAAAACAACAACAACAACUACUCGUGCCUGGAGAGGGCGAUCCAGAGCAGGGAGGCCCUUCAGGAGCAGGAAAGGGGCGUUCUGCCCUUCGCCAGGCUCCUGGAGAUGGGCUCGUUCCCUGAGCUGGGGGACGUCAGCCGCCGGGCCCCCGUCAGAGGCUUCAGGGCCUGGGCGAUGAGCGGCGUGUGCGCCAGGAGCCGGAGGUGGGCUGCUCUGCCCCCCGCCAACCCAGCGCCUUUCUUUAAGAGGCCCGACGCCACAGCGGCCCCCGUGGCCGGAGUCCUGCCCCCGCAGACGGGCCGGCCGGCCCACGGGCGGCCCGCCAUCGGCCUGGGGCUCCAGCUUGACGCCAGGUCCUGGAACAGACGCUGCGGGAGCAGGCAAGGCACCCUGGGCGCCCUGGUCACCGUGGCAACGCUGAAGGCCUCGGAGAGGGGCGGGCAGACGCAGACGCAGUGCCUCCUCCUGCAGGCGAAGGGGCAGAGCUACCUCUGCGCGGCCAGGGGGCGCAGGGCCGCUGUCCCGGGACCCUUCACCGAGGCGGCCCCCGCUCCAGCGGUACACGGGCCAGGGGGUGCCGCUUCCUCUGAGAAGCGUCCCGAAAGCGGAAAGAGUAGCAAACAAAGGGAGGGGAAGGACAAGCCAAAGCCUGUCCGAAAAUGGCGGACAUCCUGCGAGGUGGCUCUCUCCGUCAAGGAGGGAGUCCCCUGGGACUGCGAGGACCGGGAGUUCCCAGUGCCGGGGCCAAGCCAGGAAAACGGAUCCCAGCUCGCUUCCCAGACCCCAGCACAGGAUGCCCAGACAAGCAGACAGCAGAGCCCAGCUGCAGAGACGGAUGGGACCGCCCAGGUCUGCACACAAUGCAGAGGGGAGAGGGACAGACCAGCGAUUGGCCUCAGGGGGAUGCUGGGAGAUAGCGGCCGGUCGAGCGGCGGGGUGGAAGAGCAGGAGACGACCUCGCCCGUAUCAGGCUCCUUUGUCUGCCGCCUGGAUCCAGAUCCCAACGACCCAGAAACAGGCUGCGGCCCAGCGAGCCAGGAGGGGCCCAUCAGUGCAGAAAUGCAGGAUGGUCUGCGGCCCAAAUCGUCCCCGCAGAAGAUCGGCCGCUUUCAGGACCUGCUGGGGGACAAAAGCCCCCGUCUGGGUGCCGGCAGUAAAAGCGAGGUCAUCGGAGCCGUGAGGAACGUCGGAAACUCAGAGGCAGACCUCACAGUGGGUGCCAAAGCACUGAAGGAGGCAGGAAGUCCUCCUGAUAAGGACCCCGGAGGGGACAGUGUGUGGUGCGUGGGGGGGGUGAGGGGAGUGAGAGGUGGGGUGCCACGUGCACACAUAGCUACCGAGGGUCCACAGAGUCUCAAUUAUGAAGAGGAUGGACUGGCCAGUUCCACGGUCCCAUGUACACACCUUUCUGCUGGCUCCAAGGGGAACCCUGGUUCCCUUGCCGAGGUUGAGGACAUCCCAGAGCAGAUGAGGCAGUCUGUGCUGUCUGAUGCUGGUCCUGGUGAGGUGGGGGGUCAGAAAGACAGGCCCCUGGAUGGCACAGGGAUUGGGGAGGGGGUGCGGAUCACCAGGGCAUCGGUGGAGUCACCUGACAGAGCAGGCGCCCAAACUGUUGCCAGCGUUCACCCUCCCGAGUAUGUGGAGCACUCCUGUGAAAGCUGGCCUGGGGCGAGCUUAAUGGAGGAGUCCGGGCUCUCAGAUGUCUGGGGUGGGGGGCAUCACGGGGGUCGGGACGGGCCUGGACACUCACGCGCCGCCUAA